AUGGACAGUGUUGUUUCCAACCCGCUCAACACAACAGUAAGCAACCCAAUGCCAGACACCAGCGUCUUCUUUGACGCCAGAACGGCUUUCCUAUUCGACGUGUUCUUCAACUGUUUCCUCAUCCACUUCCUGAGCCUGCUGGGCAUUGUGGGUAACCUCCUCAACAUCGUCGUCCUCUCACGCCACAACCAGAAGGAGACCACAACCAUCAUCCUCAUCUCCCUCUCCAUUAGCGACCUCUGCUCCUCCCUUUUCCAGCCUUUCAGGCGGCUCAAGUGUUUGGUUUCACACUUCGACGUCCCCGGUUCGGUUACCAUCGGGUCGUUUACAUUCAUCUUCAUCUACCCAAUCACCGACUACUUCGAGACUGUCAGUAUAUGUCACGUGACCGCCAUAGCCAUUGAACGUUUCAUCGCUGUCUGUUUUCCUUUACACGUCUCCCAAAUCUUCACCCCGCACCGUGUUAAACUCAUGAUCCUAAUCCUAUACGCCUACACCUUCGCUAUGCUAUUCCCGCUACUCUUACGGUUAAGCUAUGUAGAAAUUUUCAACGAAACCUACAACUGCACCAUCGGGAUUGUCGUUGAAAGCAAGCUGUACGUCGAUAACUACGACUCGUUUUCCUUUUUCUUUGAUGUCUGCGUCAACAACGCUUUCACGACAAUACCCAUCGUUACCAUCGUCAUCUGUUCCUGCAUCAUCUCCUUCAAGCUGUCAAAACGGAGCUCCAGGUUUCUUAAAGAAAAAUCCAAGCGUUUGAAAGAGAGAAAAGUGGCAAAAAUGUUGUUGACUGUGUGCAUCGUGACCGUAUCGGCCAACCUACCCACCGCGGGGAUGUACUUGUAUUCGUAUGUGUAUGUUUUAAGGCUGGACAGUAUUUACAUUAUCUGGGAGGCGGUUAUAGGCAACUUGUACCAGUUUAACGCCUCCGUUAAUUUUCUCAUCUAUGUUACUAUGAGUUCUAAAUUUGCAAAAACUUAUAAACGUUUGUUUCACCAGUAA